AACAAAAAAAAAAAAAACGCAUUUCCGGUUUGGGGCUCAUGUGCGCGGAGUGAAACAUGCCGGUAGACACUAAACGGAUCCGUGGCCCGGAGGUGUCACAGUCUCCGUUAUUAUUUCUUCCUCCGGUUUCUGAAGCCAGCAGCAGCACCAGCAGCAGGAGGCAGAGCGCGCGAGGAGACGGUGAUGCUCGCCCGGUGUUCGCGCGCUGCGGUCUCGUGAGCCAGGCUAAGGGUUCUGCGUACCUCGAGGCCGGGAACACGAAGAUCAUCUGCUCGGUGUACGGUCCGCGCGAAACGGAGCGCAAGGACGAGACCGACAUGAAAAGCGGCCGGCUCGUGUGCGACUUCCGCCUGGCGCCGUUUUCCUGCCCGAAGCGCGGCGCGUGGAUCCAGAGCGCCGAGGAGCGCGACCUGUCCGCGGCGCUGGCGGAGAGCCUGCAGCCCGGCGCGUGCCUGCACCGCUACCCGCGCGCGCAGGUCGACGUGAACGUCGUGGUGCUGGAGAACGACGGCUCCGUCCUGGCGCACGCGGUGACCUGCGCGUCCAUGGCGCUCGCGGACGCCGGGAUCGAGAUGUACGACACGGUGCUGGGCUGCGCGCUGAGGCAGGACGGAGACCGGUGCCUCGUGGACCCGGACCUGGCGGAGGAGCAGGGCGGCGCGCGCGGGAGCUGCGGAGAAAACCAGGGACGCGUCGCGGUGGCGCUUCUCCCCAACCUGAACCAGAUUUCCGGGCUGCGCGCGGACGGCGAGAUGCGCGAGGACACGUUAACGGCGGCUGUGAGAACGUGCGUGGAGGGCUGCCACAAGCUGUACCCGGUGGUGCAACAAGCCAUACUGCGGGCUGUGAAAAGAAAAGCACCACCUCCACCUGAAAAAUAACAACUUCUUCUUCUUCUCUCUCUCUCUCUCUCUUUUCUAGUUUUUCUACAUGAUUGAUCUGCAGCAAUUAUGAACAAUUAAAUAACAUUCAUCACA